CCGCCGCGAAAACCCUUCCCACAUCAAAUUCGAAACUUGAUGCGCUGUUCAGGCCUCUCUCUCUCUCUCUCUGGAGCAUUUGUUAAUUGAUGUAGAAAAAGCAUGUUUUACCUGUCCUUCAGCAUGCUUUAAAUUCGUGAUGCAGCUGAUGGAGGCGCUUUACGCCAAGCUCUACGACAAAUACGCCAAACUCAAGAAGGACAAAGAAUCUCAGUUUGACAAGCUCAAUCAUGAUCAAGAAGUGAAAUUCUUGAAUUAUGCCGCUGCUGCAGAUGAAAUGAUACAGUACUUGAAAACCGAAAAUGACAGGCUACAGGGACAAGUUGAUGAAUUGAAAAGCGAACUGGCUUCUAUUAGAUCUUCUAGUGACGAACAACAUAUUCACUACCAAAAGCUUUUGAUGGAAGAGAGCCAGAAGAAUAAGGAACUCUCAGAAGAAAAUGCUAGGCUUCAAAAGCUUGAACAUAACGAAUGUUCACGCUGUACUAUGCAUGAGGCAACUGUACAUGGACAGCAAAAUUCAUGUGAAGAUACUCGAGGAGAUGAAAGGCCUGAUAACUCUGUAAUGGAGUCGAUUAAAAAACGUAAAUUUGUGCAUACUCCUGAUCGCAUGAUUGAUGUGGAGCCUGACCGUCCAGCAGAUCAACAUGUUUAUGGGGACAAAGGCAGUGGCAUUCCUCCAAUCACCAAGCAGCCUCUUUGCUGUCAGAAAAAGAUUAGUUCAGGCAGCGAUGCCGCAGGCACUAGUUCUGUCAACUGCGUGUUUCAAUACCUUGUUGAGUUUGUAGUUGGCAUGAAAAUCUCCCCUCUUGCUCAAAGCAAUGAACUAUGUAUACUGGCGCAUCAUCAAUCAAGUGGUUAUUCUUUCAGCCUGACAUGGAUAAAUACUGGAGGGGGAGAAGUAGAGGUAGUAUACCGUGUGUUGUCGUUGGGGACAUUCGAAAGAGUUGCACCAGAGUGGAUGAAGGAAACGCUGAUAUUCAGCACAAGCAUGUGCAAUGUCUUCUUUGAGAGGGUUUCCCGUGUUAUCAAAAGUUAGCACUGCUAUGGACUUGUUAUUUUAAUCCUCACCAUUGGCAAUCAUGUUCCAGCCCUAGAUAGCAUCUUCAUUGUACUACUACUAGGAAUCACUGUAAUUUCCUCACUCACUCUCUUUCUCUGUAUAACCCAUAUCUAUGAUAAAGUUGGUCUCUGUUUCUUCUGAGUAA